GUGAACCGCGGUGUCGGCCAAACAACGAUGGCUAGCCUCUUGGGAAAGGGGCCCGCAAAAUCUGCUCCUAAAACCGCAACUGGUGCCCCUGGAGCACCCGGUGCACCUAACGCCAAUGCCGUGAUCCUUCCGCUGGCGUCCCCCUUGAUGGGGGGCCUCAACAAAAAGAAAAAGCCCUUCUUGGGCAUGCCUGCUCCCUUGGGCUACGUACCUGGCUUGGGAAGAGGAGCAACUGGUUUCACUACACGUUCUGAUAUCGGUCCUGCUCGCGAUGCCAACGACCCAGUGGACGACCGUCAUGCUCCCCCUGGGAAAAGGACCGUGGGAGAUCAGAUGAAGAAGAACCAGGAUGACGACGAUGAGGAUCUGAACGAUACCAACUAUGACGAGUUUAACGGCUAUGCAGGAAGCUUGUUCUCCAGUGGCCCCUACGAGAAGGACGAUGAGGAGGCAGACGCCAUCUACGCCGCCCUGGAUAAGAGGAUGGAUGAACGGAGGAAGGAGAGAAGGGAGCUGAGAGAGAAAGAAGAGAUUGAAAAAUAUCGUAUGGAGAGGCCAAAGAUUCAGCAGCAGUUCUCAGACUUGAAGAGGAAACUGUCAGAGGUAUCUGAGGAGGAGUGGCUGAGUAUUCCAGAGGUGGGAGACGCCAGGAACAAGCGGCAGAGGAACCCCCGAUACGAGAAGCUGACGCCCGUACCGGACAGCUUCUUCUCCAAACACCUGCAGGGCGGAGAGGCCCACACCACAGUGGACCCACUUCAAGCGCAAUUUGGAGGCCUGAACACUCCCUUCCCUGGCGGCCUGAACACCCCGUACCCUGGGGGCAUGACCCCCGGAGCUGGCGAGCUGGACAUGAGGAAGAUCGGCCAGGCCAGGAACACCCUGAUGGACAUGAGGCUGAGCCAGGUCUCCGAUUCAGUCACAGGCCAAACUGUGGUGGACCCUAAAGGGUAUCUGACAGAUUUGAACUCCAUGAUCCCAACAUACGGUGGCGACAUCAGUGACAUCAAGAAGGCGCGACUGCUGCUGAAGUCUGUGAGGGAGACCAACCCCCACCACCCCCCCGCCUGGAUCGCCUCGGCCCGUCUGGAGGAGGUGACGGGCAAACUGCAGGUGGCCAGGAACCUCAUCAUGAAGGGCACAGAGAUGUGUCCCAAGAGUGAGGACGUGUGGCUGGAGGCGGCGCGUCUGCAGCCGGGGGACACUGCCAAGGCGGUGGUGGCGCAGGCCGUACGCCACCUGCCAGGCUCCGUGCGCAUCUACAUCCGCGCCGCCGAGCUGGAGACCGACGUCCGCGCCAAGAAGCGCGUGCUGAGGAAGGCCCUUGAGAACGUGUCCAAGUCUGUGCGUCUGUGGAAGACUGCGGUGGAGCUGGAGGAGCCUGAAGAUGCCCGAAUCAUGUUGAGCAGAGCAGUGGAGUGCUGCCCUACCAGUGUGGAGCUGUGGCUGGCACUGGCGCGUCUGGAGACGUAUGAGAAUGCGCGGCGCGUGCUGAACAAGGCGCGUGAGAACAUCCCCACGGACCGGCACAUCUGGAUCACGGCCGCCAAGCUGGAGGAGGCCAACGGCAACACGCAGAUGGUGGAGAAGAUCGUGGACAGGGCCAUCACCUCGCUACGCGCCAACGGGGUCGAGAUCAACCGCGAGCAGUGGAUACAGGACGCGGAGGAGUGUGAUAAGGCUGGUAGCGUGGCAACAUGUCAGGCCGUCAUUAGAGCUGUGAUUGGCAUCGGCAUCGAGGAGGAGGACUGCAAACACACAUGGAUGGAAGACUCUGAGAGUUGUGUGUCCCAUGGAGCGCUGGAGUGUGCCAGAGCCAUCUAUGCCCACGCCCUGCAGGUCUUUCCCAGCAAGAAGAGCGUGUGGCUGAGGGCCGCCUACUUCGAGAAGAACCAUGGCACAAGGGAGUCUCUGGAGGCUCUGCUGCAGAGGGCGGUGGCCCAUUGCCCCAAGGCCGAGGUGCUGUGGCUCAUGGGGGCCAAGUCCAAGUGGCUGGCCGGAGACGUGCCCGCUGCCAGGAGCAUCCUCGCCCUGGCCUUCCAGGCCAACCCCAACAGUGAGGAGAUCUGGCUGGCUGCUGUGAAGCUGGAGUCGGAGAACAAUGAGUACGAGAGGGCCCGGAGGCUGCUGGCCAAGGCUCGCAGCAGCGCCCCCACCGCCCGGGUGUUCAUGAAGUCGGUGAAGCUGGAGUGGGUGCUGGGCAACAUCGAGGCGGCCCAGGAACUAUGCACGGAGGCCCUGAAGCACUACGAGGACUUCCCCAAGCUCUGGAUGAUGCGCGGCCAGAUCGAGGAGCAGUCGGAGAACACGGACAAGGCCCGCGAGGCCUACAACCAGGGGCUGAAGAAGUGUCCUCACUCCAUGCCCCUGUGGCUCCUCCUCUCCCGGCUGGAGGAGCGGGUGGGUCAGCUGACUCGAGCGCGCGCCAUCCUGGAGAAGUCUCGCCUCAAGAACCCCCAGUCGCCAGAGCUCUGGUUGGAGUCGGUGAGGCUUGAGUUCCGCGGUGGGCUGAAGAACAUUGCCAGCACCCUGAUGGCUAAAGCUCUGCAAGAGUGCCCAAACUCUGGCAUCCUGUGGUCAGAGGCUAUAUUCCUGGAGGCCAGACCCCAGAGGAAGACCAAGAGCGUUGACGCGCUGAAGAAGUGCGAGCACGACCCCCACGUUCUUCUGGCCGUGGCCAAACUGUUUUGGAGUGAGCGCAAGAUUACGAAAGCCAGAGAGUGGUUCCUGAGGACGGUGAAGAUUGAGCCAGACCUGGGUGAUGCCUGGGCCCUCUUCUACAAGUUUGAGCUGCAACAUGGAACAGAGGAGCAACAGGCGGAGGUGAGGAAGCGGUGUGAGAACGCAGAGCCACGGCACGGAGAGCUGUGGUGCGCCGAGUCCAAGCACGUGCUCCACUGGCAGAAGAAGAUCGUGGAGAUCCUCAUCCUGGUGGCGUCCAAGAUCAAGAACGCAUUCUGAGCAGCCCCUCCUCGUUUAGAGCCCCGCCCUAGAACCCCUCCAGAACCCCGCUCACACCAGAACAGGGAUGGCCAACUUGCAUUCAUUAGUGUACAAUCCAGUUUCGCAUAUUCCAAGUGGCCUGGUUUUAUCUGUCUAAUUCAACCAGGACAUCAUUGAACCAAACAGCCACCUGGUUGAAUUUGACGGGUAAAGCUAAGUUAUUUGGAAUAUGUGGCACUGGAUUUUUAAUAAUGAGUCCAGGUAUCCGAUCACGGCUCCAGAGCAACACAACAUUCAUCUGUGUGUGUGUUUGUGUGUGUUUUAGCAAAUGCACAUGCAAUGUGUUCCUUUAUUCUUGUAUUGUUAUUUUUUUUAUUGUUGGAUCAUGCCCAACAAGCCCAAAUGUGAUUGUUUUCUCCAGGAAAGAGAAAUGCUACUCUGACUUUUUUUUAUGCAUACACAUAGCUGACAGCUUCACAACAGCUUCCCAUGGACAGAUGACCUCUCACUUCUCCUUUGAUAUGAUCAAUAUGAUGUGUUUUACUGAACCUGUUUGUUGUUAGUAACUAUAUUUUAAGGGAGUUCAUUUCUUUACCCCUGGGACAUUUGCAGUUUUCCCCAUUUUCCACUUCCACAUUACCAAGACUUAUUCUGUAUAUCAAAUGUGUCAAUAAAUUAGAGAGAGGACAAAGUA